UUGCUUACGAUCCUCAGGUCCCUGGGUUGCGUGACUGAAUCUCAGUUCAGAGACGUGCUUGGAAAGAUUCAUGCAGAAAUCGAAAGACGCCAGAGUCAUAAAUUGAAAUCAGCAGAGAGAGCAGCUACAAUUAGGGAGAUUUAUGCACCUCUACAUCAACAUGUUUAUCAUCUGCAGGAGUCAUUCCUGGCCCCAGAGUUUUUACAGUUGGUAAAAUACUGUACUUCAAAUGAUGCAACCAUGGAAGGACUAAUGAAACUCAUCCAGACAGAGGCAGCACCAAGGGUCUUUCGAUUCCCAGUGUUGCGAAAGGAAUUCUGCAAGGACUUUAUAGAAGAGCUGGAGCAUUUUGAACAGUCUGAUGCUCCGAAGGGCCGGCCAAACACCAUGAACAAUUAUAGAAUUCUCCUCAGUGAACUGGGCUUUGAUGAGAGUUUCUUCACUCCACUGAGGGAGGUCUAUCUGCAUCCACUCACGGCUCUGCUCUACAGUGACUGUGGAGGAAGCUGUCUGGACAGUCACAAGGCUUUCGUGGUCAAGUAUGAUAUGCGUGAAGACUUGGACCUUAGCUAUCAUUACGACAACGCUGAAGUCACUCUCAAUGUAUCACUGGGGAAAGACUUUACGGAGGGGAACCUGUUCUUUGGAGACAUGAGACGGGUGCUAGGCCGGCACAUGCACGGAGCUCUGCCCAUCUCCUCAGGCACACGCUGGAACCUGAUCAUAUGGAUGCAAGCUUCACGUGAGAGGAACAAACUCUGCCCUAUGUGUGGUAAGAGACCCACACUAGUGGAGAGUGACGUAUUCCGUGAUGGCUUCACUAUGGACACUAGUAGUAAUGUGUCAUGUUCUUUAACAUGAUGUUGUU